AAGGUAACACGAAAUUCCCCUGUCAGGACACUGCAGUCUGAUUGGCUAUUAUAUUAUUGAUAAUGAAACAAUGAAUAAUCCUCUCCCUGCACUGAAACCCCAACCUUACGGUACUGCGGUUAUUACACAUCUAAAGUACUUCAUGUCUGGCAGUGAAUAAGCGUUUUUGUUACUUUACAAAAGCUGACCGGAGGUGCUGACUUCCUCAGUUGUCCGUGAUCAUAAGCACUGCGUAUCUGACGUUGCGUAAGUACUUUCACUUUCUGAUCUGGCUGUUUUACCAUGACGUAAUGUUGAGCGUUGCUUCCACGGAAAAAAAUAUAUACAUAUAUAAUAUAAGCAUGGCAGAAAAUAGCUUAGAAGAAAGGACAGUGGAGGUGUCUGGAGUCCCUAAUGAAGUUGAGGAUGAAUUUUUGGGGUUGUUUUUUGAGAACAAGCGGCGGUCAGGAGGGGGCGCCCUUACCUCGCUCCACAGGCAGGGCAACCGGGCCGUUCUGAUCUUUGAGGAUGCUGAAGUUGCUAAGAGAGUGCUGUCCAAAGGGACACACGUGCUACACAACGCUAAGCUUACCGUUCGGAAGCCAACCCCAAAGGACCCUGGGAAGGUGCUGCUUCGUGGGAUGAACACCAGCACAGCCAAGGAAAUCGUGGAGCUCUUUGUGGAAAAUGUCACAAAGCUGGAUAGCACGGAGUACCUAAUGUACCCCAGCCCAGGAAGAGACAAGUUUCUCAUACAGUUUCUGCAGCCCCUUUCAGAACAAGAAUUCAGGAGGUUGGCGGAGAAGGUAAGGAGGCGUCUUCUUGAUGGAGCCAGGAUUGAAGCUGAGCAGAUUGAGAGGACCGAUUCUGUCAUUGUGGAAGACCUGCACUCUACCACCACCGAGGACAUGCUGGCACUCUACUUUGAAAACAAGCGCGGAGGAGGAGAAGAGGUGAGGGACGUUACCAUGGUAGCGGACGGCAUGGCCAGGGUUACCUUUGAAGCCUGGGAAGCUGUGGACCGUAUUCUUCAGCGUUCCCAUAAGCUGGACGGGAGGGAUUUGUCACUCCGGCCCUAUUUCGACUUCCUUCUGCCUGGAGAAAGUCCACCAUCGCCCAACACUCCAAAUGGUACAGAAGUGCCCACUGAUGGCACAGGGCCCGCUGAUGGCACAGGGCCCGCUGAUGGCACAGGGCCCGCUGACGGCACGGGGCACGCUGACGGCACAGGGCACGCUGACGGCACAGGGGAUAUGUACACAGACACUCUUGGGUGCGACACUACUAGGGAGGAUCUCACUGACAGUACCAGGGAGAUGUACCUUGACAGCCCCAAGGUUUACUCCAGCAAUAUCUUGCUCCACGACCCAGUGAAACUCAAUCUGCUGCAGUGCAGCCAUCUACUGCAAGAGAUCCAGCAGGCUCACCUGGACUUUGGCAUCCAGAUUGUGAGUAAUGGGGUUCAGAUAAGCGGCCCCAGCCAACUUACAUCUGAACAGCUGAAAAAACGCAUUCUUGAAGUGUUAAGCGGCAUUGCCCAGGCUCACCUGCCCUUUAGCACUGAAAAGGCCACGUUUCUUUCUCGGUCGGAAGUGCAAGAGAGCCUGCAGAAGAGACUGGAACAGGAAGGGAUGUUGGCCACCUACACUGCGUCAGAUUGCACAGUCACCGUCACUGCACUCACCAUCGACAUGGUCAAGCAGGCCUCAAGCCUGGUCAAGUCCUUGGUUUGCGACUUCACCAUGCCCAUUGCCGCAGAGUAUGAGUGCAUGCUCUUCUCGGAUGAGUGGCCCAAGUUCUUGUCUUCUUUGAGUCUUUGCUCUGCCAAGGUGUCGGACCGAGGAGAUGAGAUUAAUCUAGUGACAUUAAGAGGGCAGGAGGAGGAAACCCGAAGCAAGAUCGAGUUUUUUCUUAGCAACCCCGUUCAGCAAGAGUCUGUGAUCACUAUGGAGCCUGGUAUGCUGAAAUAUCUACAGACUCACUGUCACAUGCUUCUGGCAGACAUGAACCAGGUCACCAUAUUCCCAUUAGAUGGAGAGGACAUCACAGGAUUGAGACUGCAUGGGCAAGCCAAUGCCUGCCAGGCUGCGGAUGAGCUGCUCCGCAAUGUGGUAGCCUCGGUUCACACCAGAACCAUAACCCUGCAGCGCCCCGGGGUCGCGCGCUUCCUUGUGGAGGAGCAGGGGACCAGCAUCCUGAACCAGAUCCAGACCAAAUUCGAGGUCGUCAUCAGCCUGGAGAGAGUGCACUGGGUAGCGCUGCACUCCGAGGAUAUAUUUGAAGAUGCAAAGAAGUUCACACCGCCACCAAGCUUUGAAAGACAUUCAAAGUCCUUGACAGAGUCCUUGUCAGAGUCCUUUACAAACACUGAUGAACAAACCAAUGACCUCAACAGGCCUGAGACAGGUCUUUUGGAGGAAGCCAAGAAGCUUAUCUCAGUUAUCAGAAAGGAUUCUCAUGAACUUCCCGAAACAGCAACCAGUCCUCCCGGUACAGUGGCUGCUGGGAUCAGCAUGGAUGAAGACCUCUACACUGACCAGCUGCUGUCUCUCAGCUCUUCGGACAACGAAGACACCCUGGCAGAAAUGGAGGAGACCCCGGGGAUAACGACGGAAGGAGAAAGUGAAGGGGCUGUGGGGGAAGAUCCAGAAAUGAACUAUGUCAAGCAGCUUUCCAUGGAGUCCUUACACGUGGACGGCGUCCUUGAGGAGGAUGCCCAGCUUUCCUUGGCCAUCCAGUUCUCAAUGGAGAACAGCGACCCAAUGGACGGGGAGGAUGAACUGCAGAAAGUUCUGGAGCUCUCCAGGAGGACGGCAGGGCAGGGCAGGACCCCUGGCACUUCAGAGCUGGAUCAAGCCAUUGGGCUUUCCAUUCAGGAUGCCAUCAAGGCUGCCCACACAGCCCAGAUUUUGGUGUAUGCAGGCUACAACACGGAUCUUAUCAGGGUAGAUAUCGCCUUAGGGAAGAAGACUGAGUUGAGACAGUGCAAGGAGACAAUUGAGAGCAAGUGCCUAAAGAAUUUAUCUGAGCACCACAGAAGUUGCGUGGACCUGAUCCAGAGGAAGCAUGCAGUAGACAUCACCAUUCAGGGAACCACAGCCACAGUGCAGGGAUUCAAGGAGUAUGUUUCAGAGGCAGUCCUCGAUAUGAACAAGCUUGUCAACCACAUUUCUGCCACAGUGCCAGACCCCGAUAUUUUGCAAAGCGUCCAAUGGGUUUGGUACGAGGAGCAGUCAAAUGCCAUCCCCUAUCCUCCCAAAGCCACUAUUUAUAUAGAGCACGCCUGGAAAAGGAAACAGAAGAAGAUCGACAUUGUGUUUGAUCAGCAGCCCUGCACCAUCAGCUUUGAGAAGAUGGAGGAGUAUAACAUUGCCUCAGGGAAGUCGCUGCCGAUUGCGAGGAAGCAGCUGAGCAACAUGGACAUUUACAGUGAUGUAACAGAAUUAGAGGAUUUUUCUGCCAUUUCUAGCUUGCCUGAGAUAACGAGAGUGAACGAGGCGACAGAUGAGUUCCAGAAUGUGGUUCGAGCAUUCUAUGAUUCUAUUAAAGAGUUCCAUAAUAAAAUACGCAUCAUCAAGGUUGAGAAGAUGGUGAACAGCCUGUUGUACAACCAGUACAAACUGAAGAAAGCCAGUAUGCUGCAAACUUGUACCCAGGCUGACGUGGAAAGGACUCUGUACCACGGCACCAGUGAAAGUGGCAUGAGAGAGAUCUGCUUGCAUGGCUUUGACAGGAGCUUUUGUGGAAAGAACGCCACUGUGUAUGGAAAAGGAGUCUACUUUGCUGUGGAAUCGGCCUUGUCUGUGCAGGACCAGUACUCCCCUCCCAGUGAAGAAGGAUACAAGUAUGUGUUUGUGGUGAAGGUGCUGACUGGGGAAUACACCAAAGGGAAACACGAAAUGAAGACGGCUCCCCUGAAAGAAAACUCCCGCAUCCCUCUGCGAUACCACAGUGUGGUGGACAGCACAGACUCACCAGAGAUCUUUGUGAUCUUCAAUGACACCCAGGCCUAUCCCGAGUACCUUAUUACCUGCCAAAAGGUUCAUGGCUAAAACCACUGCAGUUUCUUGAGAAAGAGGGUAACAAGUGCUAAAAAAAUGGUAUUCUAAAAUCAAUUGCUAAAAUAAUAUCUAACAUUGUAACACAACAAUUUAUGCACAUUGGGAACCCUAUGCUGUGGUUACUUUGGCUUAAAUUGGAAAGAAGCUUCUAAGCAGUGAUUCUAAUCAGAAGCAGCAUUUUGAUACUUCUAUGCCAUAUAGAGGUUCAGGACGUCUAACCAGUCUGGCCUGAUUGAUCAGCAUAGGAUCCCAUAGCGGUGCAUAUAGCCUUCACUAAGAGCCCAAUAUGUUGUAUUAAAUAACCUGUUUGUAGAUCUGUAUGAUUUUAUGCAGCAUAUACUGUCUUACCAAAAAUGACACACAUCUAUCUAUUGAUCUAUGGGUUAUAGAUCUGUCGUUCAUCUGCCCCACUGUUUCACUGUUGCAGGACAGAGGAGUAGUUUUUUAGGCUCGGUGACUCUUGGUACUGGCCUUCAGAGCCUGUAAAAGUAUAUUAGAAAUGAGAAUGGAGAUGGUGAUAAAUGAAGCACUGCUGAUCAAGGUUUUAAAAUCUUUUGUCUUGUCUCCUGCUAGCAUCAGCAGCAUUACCUCCAGUCCUGCUGUUUUUGAGUCAACUAUCUUUUUUUGGUUCUUUUGCCUGUAUGUGCCUAUUCCUGCCUGCUCCAUGCGGUCUUAGGCUGUUGAUCUAUAUUUGACUGUAUACCUACGGAUUCUCUUUAAUUUGCCAGUCUGCUAAUAAAGCUGUGUUUUGGAUUCAGCAAGCUGA